CCAGUUCAGGUUCGCUCAUGAUCUUCUACCCUGCCGCGACCUCCUAUUCUCUCACGUCGAUUCGUUCCCGCCCUGUGGUUCCUGGUUCCUGGAUUCUCACCUCUUCGAUAUCCUCGACUUCGGUUCGUGCAGUGCGCCUGUUCUUAUCUGACUCCUCCUGCACUCUCUACACCAACCAGCAUCGCCCACAUCUCUCAUCCCAUCUCACCUGGCCUCCAUCUUGAUUCUUCACCCCCUCUCACGCGCUUCCUCGCCCACCCCUCCCUCCAAGCCUUCGGCCUUGGACCUGACCUUGGACCUUUGUCAACACCGUCAACCUUGCUGUCAACAUUUCUGUUUCCUCGUCCCAAGCCUAUACUAGCCACCUUCUACUACAGCCAAUCUUCCAUCUCUCUCUCGGGUGGGCCUCUUGCUACUUUGGUCCCAAUUCAAACUGUCUGCAACUCUUCCUGCGCCGGUCGCAUUGGUCCAUAUCUCUGAUAAUCCUUUCUUACCCAACUCGACUCCAGUCUCUCCUCGAUCGACUCGAACUCUUCGCUAUCUACCGACCGAGCCUCAGAAUUGUGGUGUGCCGUCUUCGUCAAAUCCCUCCUCGCCUAUGCGCCGUAUUUGAUGUCUAUAAUCAAUUCUGAAAUCCCUCGCUCCUGACUCUGGUGUCAACCCUCCUGUUACCACUCCUUUACCACUCCUUGACCACCAUCAUUGCGAAUAGAUGAGCUUUUCAAGGCGGUCCGACGUCCCUCAAAGGAUCUCGAGCGCCAAAGAACGAUCCAGGACUCAACGUAGCAAGAACAGCGACAUGUCUGUCGCUACCAUGUUACAACCGGCCUCGCGGGCCUCCACCUCGACGAAUUCCUCCUUCGAGCCCGUGAGCCGCCAGAAUACAUUCUCCAGUCACGAUGGCUCUCGGUCAUUGCGCCAGAGCAAACGCGUCAGUAUGACGGCUUUGUACGUCAGCAUGAGUGCCAAAGAUAAAGACUUGGAGAUCAGUGACGACCUCGCAAGGGCCCAACGCACCCUACGAGACCUUAAAGCCAAAAUAUCAAAUCAAUCCAAGAAAAACUUUGUCCUCGAAAAGGAUGUACGCUAUCUAGAUUCUAGAAUUGCCUUGUUGAUCCAAAAUCGCAUGGCCUUGGAAGAGCAAAACGAAGUAGCGAGCCACCUCGAUGACGCUGCUGAAUUGCAAGAAGGUUCCUUUCCAAACGAUGAAAAAACACAGAAAUAUGGCAACCUUCUCUUCUUGCUACAGUCCGAACCGCGGCACAUUGCCCAUUUGUGCCGCUUGGUCACCAUGGCGGAGAUUGACUCCCUCCUCCAGACAGUCAUGUUCACAAUCUAUGGAAAUCAGUACGAGAGCAGAGAAGAGCAUCUGCUCCUGACCAUGUUUCAGUCUGUUCUCACCCACCAAUUCGAAACCACCCCCGAAUAUUCAUCCCUCCUUCGCCAAAACACCCCAGUGUCGCGCAUGAUGACAACAUAUACACGAAGAGGUCCCGGCCAAAGCUUUCUGAAGGAGGUGCUGGCCGAGAAGAUCAAUGCUCUCACCGAGUUGAACGAUGUCGACCUUGAGAUCAACCCCUUGAAAGUGUACGAGGCCAUGGUCAAACAGAUCGAAGAGGAUUCUGGCUCUCUCCCAGAAGAUCUGCCUCGAUCUGUGACCGCCGAAUUCGCGGCGGAAAACUUUCAGGUCCAGGCCAUCAUUACUCCUCGGUUGAAGAUGUUGACCGAGAUCGCGGAAGGGUUUCUUUCCGCCAUCAUCGAGUGCCUGGAGGAAACACCCUAUGGCAUUCGAUGGAUCUGCAAGCAGAUCCGAAAUCUGUCGCGUCGUAAAUAUCCCGACGCGCAAGACCAGUCCAUCUGUACGCUCAUCGGCGGCUUUUUCUUCUUGCGCUUCAUCAAUCCAGCAAUCGUCACCCCCAAAUCUUAUAUGCUGAUUGAGAGAGUUCCCGACGAAAAGCCCAAGCGAACAUUGACCUACAUUGCCAAGAUGCUCCAAAAUCUGGCCAACAAACCGUCCUAUGCCAAGGAGCCCUACAUGGCGAAACUACAGCCCUUUAUCCAGAGGAACAAGGACAGGUGCAACAAGUUCAUGCUUGAUUUGUGUGAGGUCCAGGAUUUCUAUGAAAGCCUCGAGAUGGAUAACUACGUUGCCCUCUCCAAGCGUGACCUGGAGUUACAAAUCAGUUUGAACGAGGUUUACGCGACCCACGCUCUUCUGGAGAAACACAGUACAGAAUUGGCCAGUGAUCCUUCUUCUCACUUGGGAAUUCUCCUCCAGGAACUUGGUGUUGCACCGCCUCAAUUGCCCAGGAAAGAGAAUCGAGCUAUCAAUCUCCCCUUGUACAGUCGAUGGGAGACCUCCUUUGACGAUUUGACCCAUGCAUUGGAUAUCACACAGGAGGAAAUCUUCUUCAUGGAAGCCAAGAGCACAUUUGUCCAGAUCAUGCGUAGUCUUCCACAGAACGCACAUGUCAUGAGACGCCCAUUGCGUCUGGACCGCAUCGCCGAGGCGGCAGGCACGUUGAAGAAUGAUGCUGUCAUGGUCCGCAAAGGCAUCAGAUGCAUGGAGCUUUUGACCCAACUGUCAGAAUUGGGAGUCAUGGAUAGAGGAGAUGACUAUGCCGUGCUCCGUGAUGAAGUUGAGCAAGAGCUUGCGCACUUGGGUUCGCUGCGGGAGAAGGUGGUAGAAGAGACGACCAAGCUGGAAGAUGUGUACAAAACGAUACGGGAUCACAACGCGUAUCUUUUGUCGCAACUCGACACCUACAAAAACUAUCUGCACAAUGUCCGCAGUCAGUCCGAAGGGACCCGGCGAGGCAAGGCAGAGAAAGUCCGCGAACUGGGUCCUUACAAGUUCACGCAUGCGCAACUCGAAAAAGACGGCGUCAUCACUAGGAGCAACGUGCCAGAGAACCGGCGAGGUAACAUUUACUUUCUCUUCCGGAGCCCACUGGCGGGCACUUUCGUCAUCAGUCUCCAUUACAAAGGCCGCGCGAGGGGACUUCUGGAACUCGAUCUCAAGUUAGACGAUCUUUUGGAAAUGCAAAAGGAUGGCCAGGACGACCUCGAUCUAGAAUAUGUGCAGUUUGAUGUUUCCAAGGUGCUGACACUGCUCAACAAGAGAUUUGCGCGGAAGAAAUAGUGGCACCUUGGUAUGACGGCAUGGACACGCACACACGGUCGCCACCGAGAGCAACGACAUCAGAGACGAACUGGGAAUGAGACACAGAUCCAAAGGGAAAUUCCGGGCAUGACUGGUGUGAGGAAGUGCUGAAAAUGUUGGGCCAUUUGCACAUCGCAGAUGAUGGCCUUCUGAAGGGUUCUUUAUAUACGGGGGCACUCGUUCUGUUAUCGUGUCACCGUAUUGGAGCAAGCAGUAGGAGGUUGAUAUCGAAAACCUUGGGAGAGCCGGAGAAGAACCUGCUCUCACUUUGAUGUAAUGGCCCAAGAGCGGCUGAGGGUUUGGGAGUAAUAUUGCCAGGGCAGUGAUUUGAGAGGACGAGUUGGACGAACUGGAAGGAUACCACUGUACUAAUAGGAUUACCGUCUUGAGGUAUUUUGGAAUUGCAUUGGACGUUUUGUCCUUUUUGAUGCAA